CCGCAACAUCAUAAAUCAAACCAAACCAAACCGAACAAACCGACCCGUUUGGUUACUUUUCUGACCAAAGUUGUUUGACGUAAUAGGCCUAAUAAAGCACAAACAAAGGUUAUGUCUUGUGAUCCAAAAAAACACAUAUGGGCCGUUUCCAGCCCGUUAACAUGCCCAAAAUACUACAUGUCGUUUUUAUCGUCUUGUUCAUUAGCGUUCCAACAGCGCAGCACAGUUGCAAGAAGUUGCAGAAAUCAAAGAAUACCAACGAGUAUUUCCAACCUGAAACCAACAGAUGACCGCAAACAAUUCGAACUCGAAAUCGAAUCAAGAAUGGUGAGAGCCUCUGCACUAAAACCCAGCAGCAAAUUCUUCCUGAGAAAGCACAGGAAAUGGCCAGUGUCGCCCUACAACACUCGGUGGCACCAAAUCUUCAACCAAAACCAAGCCUUCCAGAGCCUCAAAAAAUCAUCGCCGCCGCCGGAAAACCAGCCGCACCUCCUUCUUCCGACGCUCGUUUUCUCCUUCAGCACCUACAACGUCGACCCAACUCCGGAAGCCUACCACUUUGUCCUCAAAACUCUCACCAAAACCUCCCAAUUCGACCACAUCGCUCCGGUUCUCCGCCGGCUCGAAACUGUCGAAAAGUUCGACACGCCGGAGCAUAUUUUUGCCCAUCUGAUUGGUUUUUAUGGCCGUUGGAACAGAACCCAGGACGCCAUUGAUCUGUUUUACAGGAUUCUCAGGUUCAGGUGUGUCCCUUCUGCUCACUCUCUCAAUGCAUUGCUGUAUGUGCUUUGUGGGUCCUGUGAAGGUCUUAAAUUGGUGCCUGAGAUUUUGCUCAGGAGCCAUGUAAUGGGCAUCCGGCUCGAAGAAUCGAGCUUUCGGAUUUUAAUCGAUGCACUGUGUGCAAUUGGGAAGGUUGGAUAUGCUAUUGACAUUAUGAAUUGUAUGAUGAAUAAUGGGUAUGGUUUGAAUGUGAAGAUUUGCUCUUUGAUAUUGUCAUCAAUGUGUGAACAGAAGGAUUCAGAGGGUGUUGAUGUUAUGGGGUUUUUGGGAGAAAUGCAGAAGCUUGGGUUUUGUCCUGGGAUGAUGGACUAUUCCAAUGUGAUUAGGUUUAUGGUGAAGCAGGGGCGGGGUUUGGAUGCUUUAAAUGUGGUGAUUAAGAUGAAAGGGGAAGGAAUUAAGCCUGACGUUAUUUGUUAUACCAUGGUCUUACAUGGCGUUAUCACGGAAGGGGAUUUCAAGAAGGCGGAUCAGGUUUUUGAUGAGUUGCUUGUGUUGGGUUUGGUUCCUGAUGUAUAUACUUACAAUGUGUAUAUAAAUGGUUUGUGUAAGCAGAAUAAAGUUGAAUCCGGAAUGAUGAUGAUUUCUUCUAUGGAAGAGUUGGGUUGCAAGCCUAAUUUGAUUACUUACAACAUCUUGCUGAAGGCCCUGUGUAACAAUGGGGAGCUUAGGAGGGCGAGAGAGCUUAUGCGUGAGAUGACGUUAAACGGUGUUGGGGUAAACUUGCAGACGCAUAGGAUUAUGCUGGAUGGUCUGUUUGGCAAAGGAGACAUUGAGGAAGCUUGUGUUUUUAUGGAAGAAAUGUUAGAUAAGGUUCUUGUUCGUUUUUGUUCCUCGUUCGAUGAGGUGAUCUAUGGGUUGUGCCACAGGGGUUUGGCUUGUAAAGCAAUGGAAUUGCUGAAGAAAAUGAUUGACAAGAACGUUGCGCCCGGAGCAAAGGCUUGGGAAGCACUGCUCCUUAGCUCAGGAUCUGAACCCAGCUUAGAAGAGACUACUUGGACGGGUUUGGUGGAGCCAAUGGUAGCACUUCCAUAGGUGAUGGAUCACCAGUUAACAGUGCAUCUGAUGUUUAUACUUACCAUGCAUAUUCAAAUCGUUUGUGCAAGCAGAACAAUAUGGAGGCAGGAUUAAACAUGAUUUCAUGUAUAAGAGCUGGGGUGCAAUUCUAAUUCGAUUACUUGAGAUGACGUUAAAAGGGUCUCAGAGUUAACUUGCAGGCUCAUAGGAUUAUGUUGGAUGGUUCGUCUGGCAAAGGAGACGUUGAUGAAGCUUGUGUCUUUAUGGAAGAAAUGUUUAUAAGGUUCUCGUUCGUUUUUGUUCCUCAUUCAGUGAGGUAAUUUACAGGUUGUGCCAAAGGGGUUUGGGUUGUAAAGCAAUGGAAUUGGUCAAGAAAAUGGUUGACAAGAACGUUGCGUCAAGACCAAAGGCUAGGGAAGCACUGCUCCGAACCCGGUUUAGAAGAGACUACUUGGACUGGUUUGGUGGAGCCAGUUAUAGCACCAACAGAUAACCAGUAAACUGUGCAUCUUUGUCAUACAUGUACCAUUAGUUGUUUGUGCCGUAUAGAAUCCACAGCGACAGUUGAUUGACUACUCCUGCACAGUGCAAAGCUGCAUGCAUCCAUGUGCAUCAGAUUCCUUUACUUCUAACGUUUUGCUGAAGAUGGGCAAUUGAGCCUGACUCGUCGUGCUGUACUAGUGCCGGCCUUUUGUCUCUUCCUCCGAAAAUGUUGGCAUAAAACUGUAUGUACAUUCAUACCAACCUAGAUUCUUCCGUUUUACUUGCUAGCCUAUGGUGGUGUUACUCUUGUUCUUGGUUUGUUCUUAAACGCAACCAUUCAGUGAAAUUUUUCUUGAGGACCUA